GGAGGGACCGUCCAGUGUAAGUGCUGACAGACACAGACAGGGCGAGUUGACGUGUGUACGUGCAGGGCACAAGUCUCUGUGUGUAUAUAUAGUACACUGUUAGACUCCGUGUGUGUCUUAGUUCAGAAACAGGAGAUUGUUGAAGGCUAGGUCUUCAUGACCCGUUCGUCAGGCCCGGAAAAAAAUCAUUUCCUUUGGUUGCCAACUGUUGUGUAACUGUAAGUUACUACUACAACAUCGUCCAGAGAAGUCGUCAAAUAUGUUCGCGUGGCUCCUUUGCUCCACAGAUAAGAACGUGGAAGGUUCCCGGGUCCUUUUAUCGACUACAUGGCUACUGAGAUGUCUGUUUGUUUUCCUCACACUUGAACGUGGCAGCGGCGCUGAUGGUGGCGGGCUGAACGGGAAAGCCAGCGGGCCGGCGUUCCGAGCCGGCGGGCUGUACGAGGGUUACCACCCGAGACCCGUCCUUGUUCUGGGCGGUACCGGCUUCGUCGGCGGCGCGACGGUCCGACUGCUGAUCAAGUCCGGAGAAUUCGACGUGACGGUCGUGACGAGAGGGAACUGGCCGUGGGAUUCGGCCACGCUGAUUCAGCCCUACGUCCGGCACAUCGCCUGCGACCGGACCUUCGCCUACGGACUGUCGGAGUGCCCGGCUCUGACGCUCAUCCUGAGGAACACCACGUUUGAGGCGGUUCUGGACUUCAGCACGUUUUCCGGAGAGCAGAUGAUGGAUGCCGUAUCCGUGGUGAAGAACAGAGUUUCCGGAUUUUACUUGUACGUCAGUAGCGACUCCGUGUACGACGUUUGCGACAGACGACACCUGGGGCCGACGCGGGAAGUUGACGCCGUGCGACCGAAGAACCGCACCCGUCAGGAGGAGCUGAACGCCCGGGACAGUUACGGGCACUGGAAGCUGCAGGGGGAGGAGGAGCUGGUGCGACAGCGGCAGGCGGGCGGCUUCCCUUACGUCAUCCUCCGCCUGCCUGACGUGGUGGGCCCGCGGGACUCCACGCACAGGUGGUGGAUGUACCAGCUGUGGAUCCGCUUCGCACACCUGGUGCCGCUACACCUGCCGUUCAGCGUCAGGUAUACGGACUUCAGUCUCGUACAGGUAGACGAUGUCGCCAAGGGGAUCUUGAACAUUCUCCUCUCUAACUCCUCAGUCUACGACCACGCCUUCAACCUCGCCUUUAAGGAAGCCUUCACUCUUAACUCCUUCUUAACGUCCAUGGCCAAGGAGCUCGGCGUUUCCGGUGUCAAAUUCGACCAAAGGCACACAGCAGUCCACUUCUACCCCGAGUCCCGAGCGGGGAUUCUGGACACGUCGAAAGCGGAAUCCAUGUUGGGUUGGAGGCCCACGCCUUGGGAGAAGGCGCUGCACAGAAACUGCGUGUUUUACGAGUACGUCAUGACGCAGAGAACGUUUAAGACGUGCGAGUUGAAACAUCUGGUGAAGACGUUCGCGUCGGACGUGGACAGUAGCGGUACCAAGGCGUUUUUACACAUGCUGAGGGACAUGUACGAUAUAGAGACCAGAGAACUGUUCUGGUACCAUCAGGAGUUAUGAAGUAUUGUGAACACGGACUUGAAUAGCCUGAUCAAAUCUCCCUUAUUGCAGCCCGCCAACAAUCCGCCGGCCUCCUUGACCUCGGACAGCAGAGUUUGUGUUACAGAGACCAAGAGUUUAAUAGUUGCUUUGGACAACGAUUAUUGAAAUGUUGACAAGUUCGUAGAUCGUUAGCAAAAAGCAAGUAUGGACUAGUCCAAUGGCUUCCACAUAUUUAACUUCGUGAAUAUUGUUAC